CUUCCUAGUGAUUUGUGGCGUAUUAUUUGUUUCGCUGUAACUUCUAAAGUUUUAUGCUUAAUGUAUCAAUUUUACUGCCUGAAAAGAAUUUACAUUUGAUUUUCCUUUUGCAUGUGAAAGGAUCAAAUUUAAAUAAACAAGCAUGUUAAUUGGUGUUUUCAGCUUCUGUAGUGGAACUUUACUGAAUAUCAGUGAACCCUUUUUCCUCCUUUUUAGUUUUGUUCGAUACCUACUCUUUGCAACAUGUGGUUAACAAGCAUGCCUAUGCUGAUAAUUUACUUUGCUUAAAUGCAGCCAUCUGUAGAUGUAGACUUUUUCACAGAGUAUGGUGAGGGGAGCAGGUACAGAAUAGAGGAAGUAAUUGGCAAAGGAAGCUAUGGUGUUGUUUGCUCUGCAUAUGACACGCAUACUGGAGAAAAGGUUGCAAUUAAGAAAAUCAAUGAUAUCUUUGAACAUGUAUCUGAUGCUACACGUAUACUACGUGAGAUCAAACUUCUUAGACUUUUGCGACAUCCAGAUAUUGUUGAGAUCAAACACAUUUUGCUGCCUCCAUCCAGAAGGGAAUUCAAAGACAUAUACGUGGUUUUUGAACUUAUGGAAUCCGAUUUACAUCAGGUUAUUAAGGCAAAUGAUGAUUUAACUCGAGAACAUUAUCAAUUUUUUCUUUAUCAGCUUCUUCGAGGCCUGAAAUACAUACAUACAGCAAAUGUCUUCCACCGAGAUCUAAAACCGAAAAAUAUCUUAGCAAAUGCUGAUUGCAAACUCAAGAUCUGUGACUUUGGUCUUGCAAGAGUAGCUUUUAGUGAUACACCCACUGCCAUUUUCUGGACAGACUAUGUUGCAACAAGAUGGUACCGGGCACCUGAAUUAUGUGGAUCUUUUUUCUCAAAGUAUACUACAGCAAUAGAUACAUGGAGCAUUGGGUGCAUCUUUGCAGAACUUUUAACUGGGAAGCCUCUUUUCCCUGGGAAAAAUGUUGUUCAUCAAUUGGAUCUGAUGACUGAUCUACUGGGAACGCCAUCUAUUGAAGCCAUUGCCAGGGUAAGAAAUGAAAAAGCUCGGAGAUACUUAAGCAGCAUGCGAAAGAAAAGGCCCAUUCCUUUCUCCCAGAAGUUCCCCAAUGCAGAUCCUCUUGCACUGCGUUUGUUAGAAAGAAUGUUGGCAUUCGAACCAAAGGAUCGACCUAGUGCUGAAGAGGCUCUGGCUGAUCCAUAUUUUAAGGGCUUGGCCAAGGUUGAAAGAGAGCCUUCGGCCCAACCAGUUACAAAGAUGGAGUUUGAAUUUGAGAGACGGAGGAUAACCAAGGAAGAUGUGCGGGAGCUGAUAUACCGUGAGAUACUUGAGUACCAUCCUAAAAUGUUGAAAGAGUACUUAGAUGGUUCAGAGCCAACAGGCUUCAUGUAUCCAAGUGCUGUUGACCAUUUCAAGAAGCAGUUUGCUUACCUUGAGGAGCACUAUGGAAAUGGCACUACUGCCACACCGCCUGAGAGACAGCAUGCAUCAUUACCCAGGCCAUGUGUGCUAUACUCUGAGAAUAAGGUUCAAAAUUCAGUAGAUGUGACAAAUGAUCUUUCUAAAUGUUGCAUUAAGGAGGCUGAGAAACCCCAGGUGGACAGGAAUGCAGGGAUCCCUAUGACAAGGCUACCUCUUCAAGUUCCUCAAAGCAUCCAAGCAUCUGCUGCCCGACCAGGGAAAGUAGUUGGUUCAACAUUGCGUUACAACAAUUGUGGGGCAGCAGCAGCAGCUGAGGCUCUUGAACAGCGAAGAAUGGUUCGCAACCCAGCAGGGUCCACCCAAUAUACUGCAACAAAUGGUUCAUAUCCAAGAAGAAACUCUAUCUGUAAAAAUGAUAGGGGAGAAGAAGAAGUAGUUGAAGGUUCCAAUGGUUUGCAGCCAAAGCCCCAGUACAUGGCAAGGAAAGUUGCUGCUGCUCAAAGUGGAUCCGGAAGCCACUGGUAUUAAUCUAAUAUUGGUUUUUAUUUGGUGCCAUAUUCUACAGUCUUUCUCUGGACUUAACAGGUCAAAGAAAGAACCCAGCUUACUGCAGCAAGCAGUUCAUAUCCGUUCAUCUGCCCACAAUUAGAAUCAUCCGAUAUGAGUGAUAUGCAAUGCUGUCUUGCAGAUGGACAUGGACUAAUGAACAAAGUACCAAGUUUAGCUGCACGUUGCAAUUUAUAUCACUAAUUUGAUAGUUUAAAUGGUGCUUACUAUGCUUCAACUCAUCAGUGGGCAAGAGAUUGUAACAGGCAUGAAAAUGAGGAAACUGCAUUGCGUUCGUUAACUUAUGAAGUUCAUCUCCUUUUGCUUCUCAUUCUCUCCUAAGUUACAGUACCCACUUUCUUCCCAUGAUGGGUUGUAUUGAUUCUGUUCUUUUGGAGUUCUAAUAAGGAUGGCUAUUUGUUUAUCCCGUCAAUGGAACCGGUAUUUUUACUUGGGAAAUAUUCGGUAAUAGGGAUUUUGAAUUAAGAAUUUGUUAAGAACUUGUUAAGAACUUAUUCAUGAAACAUGUAUUUAUUAUCUUCGGAAUGUGUAUUCAUUCAAGAAAAUUAAUCCUAGAAA